CACGAUCUUGUUUCCGGUUCCGGGUCAACCAUAUUUUUCCACAAACAGUCAAAAUGUUGACCCGACUGUCACGGUUCGGGCCCGUUCUUCCCCGGUUACUCGCUCGUCCACCGGCACGCUUCGUCUCCCACUCAAAACCGUCUAGUGCCGCUGGCUCGACCGCUGUGACGGAGCUGCACCCCGCUGCGGACAAGGCUGGACACGGGGAGGUCAGCGAGUAUGUCAAGAAUCCAGAUUACCAUGGCUUCUCCAGUGAUCCUGUGGUGGACGAGUGGAACAUGAGGGUGGGCUUCUUCUUUGGAAUCUCAUUGGCUCUUGUCGUCGGAGCAGCAUUUAUCCACUAUUUACCAGAUCACGGAAUGCGGCAGUGGGCCAGAAGGGAGGCAGAGCGUGUGAUCCAGCAGAGGGAGAACGAGGGUCUUCCUCUCAUCGAUGAGAACUACUAUGACCCGAGCAAGAUUGUUCUGCCCUCAGCUGGAGAGGAGUAGGAUGUCCAACAUCCACUCACUGUAUUUCAUGGUUAUUGUAUUCCGCUGUAAUAGAAUAAAUGAUGUACUUGUUGAAUUGUGUAAUUGUUGCGUGUGGACAAUGACUCAUUGAAAAAGAAAUCUGAAUGUUUCCUAAUCACAAAUGCCAGCUUCCAGUGUUUGACAGUUUCCAGUGAUCAGAACCAAAGAAAAAGAACUGAGCUUUGAUUCAUUUCUUAUUCAACCUACUGAUUUUUUUUUUAAUCAUUCAUGGGUUUUCACUCGUGAAUAAAUAAAUGAUGCACUGAUAUUUUAAUCUUUCUUAAAUAAAAUCAACCUGAUAAUAUCA